CGGACUCCCUGUCGGAAAUCUAACAGACCGGGAAAACACUGAUUCAAUGUAGUGGAUGCCUGUCAGUGAUAUAAACAACAUGCAUUGAUCUCAUAUCGCUCAAUAGGGGCCAAUGAAUCAAUAAGGAGUGGAUCUGACAGACUGUCAGUAUGGCAGAGGGGUUUUUAAUGGAGGUGUGUGUGGACUCCGUGGAGUCGGCUAUCAAUGCUGAGAGAGGAGGUGCUGGUCGACUUGAACUAUGUACAAGUCUCCUGGAGGGAGGGCUCACUCCCAGCUUAGGUCUGCUGCAGGUAGUGAAGCAGUAUGUCAAGAUCCCAGUCUAUGUGAUGAUACGGCCCCGUGGUGGGGACUUCCUGUACUCGGACCAGGAAGUGGAAGUGAUGAGGAAGGACAUAGAGCUGCUGAAGAGCCAUGGGGCUGAUGGACUUGUGCUGGGAGCCCUGACGGAGGAUGGACGGGUGGAUUCAGAGCUCUGUAUGGAGUUUCUGGCUGCUGCUCGCCCUCUACCUGUCACCUUCCACCGUGCUUUCGACAUGGUUCAUGACCCAGCCGUUGCUCUGGAGACUCUGGUUUCAUUAGGCUUUCAGCGCGUGCUAACAAGCGGCUGCGACGUAUCUUCGUUGGAGGGACUGCCUGUCAUUAAACGGCUCAUAGAACAAGCCAAAGGGAGAAUUGCCAUCAUGCCAGGGGGAGGUAUCACAGAGAGAAACCUGCAGAGAAUUUUAGAGGGGUCGGGGGCUCAAGAGUUUCACUGCUCAGCCCGCUCCAGUAAGGACUCUGCCAUGAAGUUCAGAAACACCUGUGUGACGAUGGGUGCCUCCUUCUCAGCGCCUGAGUACGGCCUGAAGGUGGCAGAUGUGUGCAAAGUCCGGACCCUAAAUGCAAUAGCCAGGAACACAUUGUGAAUGGGUACUGCACAGUCACGAUAGAUAGGAAACAGAUACCUCAAAUGUGAUUAUUAGUGAUUAUACUUACAGGUGAUCAAUUUCACUGAAGCCCUGAUUAAGAAGACGUUUCAGGGGUCUGUUUUUCUCCUUUUUUAAAUUACUGAUUAAACAGUCUUUUGUAACUUUAUUGAAGUAUCUCUCAGUGGAGAGCAGUGGAUCAUUUCUGUUUUUCAGUGUACACUUGUAUAUGGCCUCUGAAAAAGUGUAUAAAAAGAUAUCAUUUGAAAAUUUGACACUUUUAUUAUUCUCCUGAAAACAAGGAAGAGCACUGAUCAGUGCUGCGGCUCAUUUCAGAAGUGUAUCUUUACCCUUUGCCAUGAAGUGUCAAAUAUUUACAACACUCCUUGUUUAUAGCAGCGGAUCACACUAAGCUGUGACAUUUUUUUUUUAAACUUAGAUGGAAAAGUUAUGACUUGAAUACGUUUUCUCAGAAAUGAACUGAAAUCAAAGAAUAAAUAAAUAAAUAAGUUAGUGCUCUUU